AUGCCUCGUCUCCAUCUAGAAACUCCUCCCCCGAUGUCGUCCUUAUGGUCUCCAAUCCAGACAUCGGACGAGUGGAUAGAGGAACCAGUCCUCACCCAGGCAAUGCUGGACGAAUUGAUAGAGGAACCAGUCCUCACCGCCCAGAGCCCGCCGUCGUCACCCUCACUCCACACCUCAAUAACUUCUCAGAUAACGACGCCGAGGACUACACCAAGUUCAAAGAAAGAGAAAGAACUUGCCAACCGUCACCCUAGGGGGCCCCACGAGAUGCAUCACGGAAUGAAGACCCUGAUGACAGAAACCUACCGGGCCCUGAUGAAGUACCAGUGGGAGUUCCACCUCCUGCUACAAUCACGGCGAGCAUUGGAGCUGCAGGUCCCUCGGGACUACGAGCAAGAACAACAGCUCAACUCCCAAGCCAUGGAGAAACUGAAUCGAUACCAGUUAUACAGGGAGCUGCAUCUCCGCCAGUAUCAACUGGUGGACAGGUUCCCCGCUCCAUGGGAAGAACUACCCUUACGAAGCACUAUCUCCGCAGGCAACCCGGGAAUGAGAAUAGCGACAUACCUCGACAACUGGCUAGUGCCAGUCUCCAGAUCAGAGGACUCGCCCUCCAAACAGACCCUGACACAGCCUCUUGGUACGAACAUAACGACGGACGACCACGAGCUCUCCUCAUCCAUCCCGAUGAAUUCUCCCAGUAUGUCAACAGAGAGCUCCUUCCAGCUCUCCUCUUCACCGGAGAACUGGGCGCCGUCCAACCAAGUAGAACCGACCCUUUCCACGUUGUCGUUUGGAAUGUACCACGUCCCGGAGAACCACAUAGCAAUCCCACGACGUCCUCCUCUCACUGGGUACGAAAUUUUCCCUUAUCCCAUGGGGGUACCGACGAGGAGGAACCACCCGUCUAUCGAAGAAACGAGGGAAGAAGGAGUCGAGGAACCCAGGCAACCCUCCGCCGCGGAACAACUACUGGCGGGAGUGUUCGACACCGGCUUGGAACGCCUCCUAAUAGUGCUCGAUUUCGUACAGACGAGGGACAGAAUAACCGAAGUAGCCGCAGAACUCGCCGCGCUGAUUUGGAGGCUAGAAGAAAUCACUCUUGGACUCGAUCCGAGCUCGAUGCAUGGGACGCUUUAG